UCUGCCAAAGACUUCUUGUGACCUUGGCCAAGUCAGUUAAGACUAGAUUUUCAAAGGUAUUAGGCAUCUGAAGAUAAUGGUGGAUGCCUAGUGGGAUUUUUCAGUUGCACUUAGCUGGGAAUUAAACACAGAACCCAUUUAGGUGCUUUUGAAAAUGCCCCUAGGUGCCUAUAGCAUUGUUAGGUUCCUAAUACCUUUGGCUCGAUGUCUUUCUCUGUGCCUCAUUUGCCAAUCUGUAAAAUAGGGAUGAUAUUUCCAUAGUUCAUGGAGGUGUUGUAUUUAUCCUCGUAUUAAAUUGUAAGGUGUUCAUAUCCCAGUAUUAGGGACCAUGUCAGAGCGUAAGAGAUGUAUGUGAGGAGAAAUUUCAUCUUCAUGUCUACAGGCAGUGGGGAAAAAAUGCACCUAAAACCAAAAUUGUUUAGAUGACUACAGUCUUUGACUUUUUUUCACUUUUGCUUUCUGGUUCAUUAGUCCCCCGCACUUGUGCAGUCUGGAACUUGGAAGGUGAGUGAGGUUAAGAUGCCUGUCUUGUCUUGAUUCUAUUAUGAUGUACAGGCGUUUCCUGUCCCAGUCAAACCACCAAUGUCCUUGCAAAACCCAGCUUUUUAAGUCCUGUGCACUGUUCUAACGUUAAAGAAUUUCAUUAUCCUGUAAUAUAGGGAAGUUAAGUGCCCAGGGCUAUCUCAGAGAGCCUCAAAAAAAAAAAAAGUCUUGUUUGUAAUCUUAGUUACAGUGGCACGUUUUCUAUUAGCGGUGUCUUCAAACCACAUUCACCCUGCCCUUGAUUUUCUUCACUGUUUGGGUUCUUUCCAUUGUGGCUCUCCAUGACGUUCGCUAGCAGCACUUGGAUUAGUAUUUUUCUCUUUUUAAAGAGGAAGCAAUAGAAAUUUGUUGGUUGGCCCAUGAACACAAGCAGUAUUACUCAAGCAUUUCCGUUAUAUACAGCAGUGAGGACAGUUGUAACUGGACAGCUAGGGCAAUCAGACUUUCUGCUCCCUUGGGGUAGAUGUGGUCAGAGCCGCUGUUGUGGUGGAUAGCUUGGUGGCAGCAUACAACACAUUUUGCUGCUAAUGGAGAACAUGAGCACCAUUGAAGCGGCAGAGUCGCUCCUACGAACGGAAGAAACCUUCUCCGCGUGUCUAGCGCGUAUCAACACCAUCGUUCUCAAGCCCUUGCUCGAGGCGGAGCCUUAUGAGCAAAAAGGAAAGGAUAACUUGAAAUUAUUGCUGCUUUUGAACGACCGCUUCCACGCUCUCUGGGACCUGACAGAGGAAAACCACCAGACGCUGAAACAGAAGUUCAGCGUCUCCGAGUCGCUCUGCCUCCAAGACCUCUACAUCCUGUGGAAGGGAGACCUGUUUCUCAGUAUCUACAUCCAAUACUUUGUCACCUUUGCAAACUGUGUUGUAGUCCAGGGCUUUGACCAGGCAGCAAAGAAUAAAAGUGAAUUCUGGAAGACGCACAAGACGGCGCUGAAGCAAUUCCUUGCAGACUUCACCUCUGAGACGUCCAUACCGGUGGCCCUGCAUACAGUACUCCAUAAACCUCUCCGGGAUCAUGUGCAGCAAUAUGCCCUCAUCCUUACCCAGCUCAGCGAGGCCAUUGGCAAGAGCCCUGACCGAGAACUCGUCACCAGUGCGGCCAAGCAAUAUGCCAAGCUGCAGUCUUUCAUCAGCCAGGUCCUGGAUGAAGCCUGUCUGACCAAAGCCCUGUGGAAGUCCUUGGGGCACAAACUCACGGACUUGCUCUGUGUUCCUGAGCGCAGGCUGCUGGAAGACAGCAAAAACCUUCCAGUCUUUGCCAGCAUGGGCCGAACCGACCGGGUUCUGCUCUUUGAUGACAUCCUAGUGCUGAUUCAGGGGAACAACUGCCAGAGUUUUGAUCUGAAGCUGGUAUGGGUCGAUGGAUCUGGCAGUGAAAAGCCAGACAGGCAUACGGUUCAUAUUGUCACACCAGAAGAAGUGUUCUUCCUCUCUAUCAAAGAGCCACGGAUAAAGGCAGUCUGGCAGUGGAAGCUGAAUCAAGCUGUGCGCCAGGCGCUGAAUGGGAAAAGGGAUUUCCCCUUGUGGGGCGAGGCCGGGGAGGGAAGCAAGCCUCCCGUCCAUCGCUUCUUCACGUAUGCGUUCCGAGCAGAGGGCAGAUUCAAGAAUGCCGCGUAUGAAGGUGAAUGGUCCUGGGGGAAACCACAUGGCAAGGGGACGCUGAAGUGGCCUGAUGGCCGGAACCAUGUUGGGGAUUUCAAAGAGGGCCUGGAACAUGGGUUUGGAAUCUGCCUUAUCCCGUUCGUCUCCGAAGACAGGUACGACUGCUACAAAUGCCACUGGUGUGAAGGCAAAAUGCAAGGCUAUGGAAUCUGUGAGUAUGGAAAUGAGAUGGUUUACAAAGGAUACUUUAACAAUAAUCUGCGUCAAGGAUUUGGCAUCCUGGAAAACCCUUCAGCAGAGCAGCCGUUUAAGUACACAGGGCAAUGGGAUAAUGACAAGAAGAAUGGAUACGGAGUCUGGGAUGACAAGGACAGAGGGGAGAGGUACAUUGGGAUAUGGCAAGAUGACCACAGGCAUGGACAAGGCAUUGUGGUGACCCAGUCAGGCGUGUGCUACCAAAGAACAUUUCAUGCGGAUAAAAUGGUGGGUUCCGGGAUUCUCCUCUUAGAAGAUGACUCCGUUUAUGAAGGCAACUUCACAAGAGAUCUGACAUUUGUUGGAAAGGGAAAGCUGACCUUUUCCAAUGGCUUCACACUGGAGGGCACCUUUAGUAACAAAUCAGGCCAAGGGCUUCAGACACAAGGAAUCCUGAACACUUCCAGCGAUCAGCAAGAUGCCUCAAUAACCAAAGUUCAGCUGGGUCUUGAUGAGUUCCCGGUGGAGAAGAGAUGGCAGGGAAUCUAUGACCAGUUUCUGAAAUUCCUCCACUCUGGCUGCAAAGAAGAAAUGGAGGAGUCCUUCACGGGGUUCCAUAUACAGACAAGCAAGGAGCUGCGCAAGUCUCAGGAGUACCUCUUCUGCCAAAGGGGGCCCGAGGAUGUCUCUGCGAAGAUAGAUGAUGUCCUUGAAGAACUAGUUCAGCAUCAGGAGCUGGAGUCGCUCCAGUGUUAUUUACAAAAGGCUUUUAAGUCUUCCCUGCACCCACUAGGAAAGCUGUUGAAGGCCCUGACAUUCGCUUUUCAGGCUACAUACUCUGGGAUCGGGGCAAACAAGCACCUACUGAACAUGGCCCAAGAGGAGGUCAAGUACUAUGCCAAGAAAAUAUGGGAGUUUUACUGGGGUUUACUGCAUCUGGCACUGGAGCAGAAAGGCCAAGCACUCUCAGAGACGGAAGACAGAGAGAAAAGUGACCUGAAUGCAUACAGAGUGAUUCUGCCUCUGAUCCUGCCCUGUUUCUAUCCGGAGCUCUUCAUGCUGUACAUGCUCUAUCACGAGAAGGAAGAUGACCUCUACUGCCAGGGCAUUGUGGACCUGAGUUUAUUUCCUGACAUUAAGCUGCUAGAGUUCCUGGACGUACAGAAACACCUGUGGCCCCUCAAAGAUCUCACCCUAACAACCAAUCAGAGACGUUCUCUUGUCAAAGACAAGUGCUUCCUUUCUGCUACGGAAUGUUUGCAAAAGUUGAUCACUACUGUGGACCCCCGGGAAAAGCUGGAGAUCCUUCAGAAGACCUAUGAGGAGAUAGAGAGCACUGUGUCACGAGUAGUGGAGAGGGACUAUAAACUCCCAAUGGAUGACCUCUUGCCUCUGUUGAUGUAUGUUGUAUCACGGGCCAGAAUACAGCAUCUAGGAGCUGAGAUACAUCUGAUCAGAGAUUUGAUGGACCCUACCAAUGAAGGAGGGAUGUAUGACUUUCUGUUAACAGCACUGGAGUCGUGUUACGAGCACAUUCAAAAAGGUAUGAGGCUGCAUCAAAGGGAGAACUGGCAUGUGUCUCGUGAUCCUUGACCUUCACAAUCCAGAGGACAUCUUGUUCAUGCACUCUGAUGACCACACACUGUUAGGAGGUGAAAAGGGAAUUGAGUCACCACUGUUCUAGUUCACUUUCCAAUGGGACGAAUGUUUUGUUCUAGACUCAGGCUCUUUUCAAGUACAAACCUGCUAGUGUCUAGACUUGCAGUGAUGCUUGCAAUCUACAAGGAGCAAGAUCCUUCCUCAACCUCUAACAUCUUUUGCCCUUGUUGAAACUUGGCCCUGCACUGCUCUGCUUGACGUGAAUAACACAAAAUCUGGUUUUUAUUAUACCAUCCAUAAAAUUACAGUCCAAUUAUAAUCCACACCGUUGGAUAUUGACCUUAAAUCUUCAGUUUCAGCUAAUGUUCUGUGCAAACCCCUGGCCUUCCAUUUUUCAGAAUAAACCAUUUUGUGGCCUUUGCCGAAAACUUCUCACCCUACAGAUUAAUCCUGUUUUUCUGCAUUUUACAAGUCUGCCUCUGCUCCAUGACCUCAUUUUACUUCCUCCUGUUUUAUGGUUGGCAUUUGUUUUUCCAGGCCAAAAUAUCCAGGGCUAUAAAAACAAACAAACAAAAAAAACCUUUAAAACCAAAAUGUAACUGAUCUGCUUUGCCUGUGUGGUCCUGUCUGAUAGAAUCAGCUGCACAGAGAUCCUUUUCUCUUCCCCCCCCAGUACCCUCUUCCCAGAGAAGUGAAGAUUCAUGUUGUAUAGUGGAGUGAAGGAUCUUGCUCCAUUAUCCUUGCUAGACAAGCCAAAUCCCCUCUGUGCCAUCACUGUCGCAUUUUAAAGCUGCUAUUGUCUAACUUGAUGAUUUACAGUUGGACUAUAAAAAUCAAUAUUUUUUACCCUGCUGAAUCCUUUAAUCUCAGGGAUGUUGCUCUGUAAGCUUCCAUACCUUGUUGCAGAUAGGGGCCACUCAGUUCACCUGGCGUACAUGGCACAAGGGGAACUAGAACUGCCCUGAAGUGAAAGACCUCUGAAAUGCUGCAAGGCAAUUUAAAAAACAAAUGUGGUCCUGCAGAAAAGCCGUGACCUACUUAAAAUGAUGUCUUUGGGUGCUGACAUGCUACCCUACUGACUCAAUGGGGUGUAAAUAGGACAGAAUCUGACCCCAUUAUUUCAAUGGUGAUUUUUUUUAUUAAAAAGGCAAACUGUAUCUAAAUGUUGCACUCAAAUUGAAAUACACUAAAUAUGAAUUUAAGAUGCAUAGGAGAACAAAAGCUGUAUAUUUUAGAAUAAUUAAACAGUGAGUUUUAACUUUUUUUUUAAGAUGUGGGAUGGUCUGAUAUUGUAAUUACAUAAAACUAUAGACUGCACCUAAUUAUCACAAGUAUGUUUUAAAGAGUACACUGGAUAUAAUUGUUUUUGGGGCUGUGUUUUUUACAGUAACUUUGUAUUUAAAUAAACCUGUUACCUUUUUGAAA